AUGUAUGGCAACGGACGAUGCGCUGGAUUCGACACAUGUAGCUGUGAUCCUGGCUGGUCAGGUGGCUCUUGUAACAUUGCGAACUGCAGCAGCAAGAGCGAUUGCUCCAGCCAAGGCAACUGUGUCGCCCCCAACACAUGCGAAUGCUUCCCUGGGUUCCAAGGGGACGACUGCAGUGAAGAGAACUUGCCAAAUGAGAACCCACCCAUAUUUCAGCAGGACAUAUACGCUAUCACAAUACCCGAAAAUCAGCCGGUCGGUACGGCAAUAGUAACAGUGCUUGCAAAUGAUACUGACAGUGGACGUAACGGUGAGGUCAGGUACAGGCUUGUCCAAACAGGUUUGGAUGAUGAAAGCUUUACGGUACAUCCUACUUUAGGAGUUAUAACUUCAGCCGUUGAGUUUGACUUUGAAUCGUUGGAGCGCGAUUCUUUUAGUCUCAUUGUCGAAGCAUUAGACCAUGGGGUACCGACACUUACGGGAACAGCCACAUUAAUCAUAAAUGUAACGGACCAGAAUGACAACAAACCGGUCAUCAACAUUCCUCCUAACACUGAGUAUAACCUUCAAACCACCACCCCUGUCGGCUUUCACGUGACUACUGUCCAAGCCUCUGAUGCUGACAGGUCCUAUGAUAACUCCAGAAUCACCUACGGAAUCGCAAGUGUCAGCCCCCUUGUUUCAAUAGAUGCCACAAACGGCAGUAUAACCGUUAGGAGCGCCUUGGUAAGUGGUACCCACAUUGUGAGGAUCAGUGCAUCAGACCAUGGUUCACCACCAAAAACAGACGAAAGAAGUAUCCGUAUGAUUGUGACAAAUGUAAGCACCAACACAGCUCCGCAGUGUCCAGAAGAUCAAAGUCUUGAGAUUUCUUCUCGCAAUCUUACAGCAGGGUUAACAGUUGCAACCAUAGAAGCAGAUGAUCACGACAACGGUGCAAACGGUGACGUUUCCUACAGCUUUAAGUCCAAAACAGGAGAAUGGGCAAGCCUAUUCAGCAUUGACCCGUCAACUGGUCGCAUCUACGUUGAUACUGAUUCAGUCCCGCAGUUUAGCGACCCUUUCUCAGCUGUCUCAAUGACAGUUGAAGUCAGAGACAACGCCGUGGAUUCCAUGUCCUGUGAAACAAAUGUCGUAGUGAUAAUAACGUCUCCUGGGUUCAGCGGAACCGUGCCAGAUAACGUAUUCCCGACAACAACGCCGCUAGCCACGACAUCUGAUCCACAAACGACACCUUUCGAUAGGUCUACCGCAGGUUAUACCACGCAGCCAGACAUCACGACAGAGGAAUUGGAAAACUCUACCGCCCUUCCUACAACAGAAAGAGCAACUACAGAGGAUCUGCCUGUGGUAGUGGAAGCACGUUCGUUCAGUGGCAUGGUGAAAAUAGUGAAUCGGGAUUGGAAGGAGGAACUGAGAGAUAGAACAUCUGAUGAGUUCAAGGCUUUGGCUGCGGAAGUCGAGCAAGGGCUGGAUGAUGUGUUCGGCCAUAGCGACCUCGGGGAUACAUACGACUCUGUUGACGUUACCAGAUUUUCGUAA